AUGCACAAAAGUGCGGAUCAUCUUCCAGAUCAACCAAUCAAGGUCCAUGUAACACCCUCACUCAGCCAGGAUGCAGCUUGGCGUCUUGGCACGAAUCCCAAACCCAAAAAUUACCGUCCUGGUCGUGGAAGAUGGAGCAAGGAAGCGGCCAAGGGCAGCAGUGUCGCACCCAUCCGACUGUCCGCAGACCGAGUAUGGUACUGUUCACAUGCCGUGCCAGCUCCACGCAUCCAUCGUCCGAAUUGCCGAACUGUGCGUAACUUGGUCUUGUACAGUACACCAGGUAGGACGGGAGUGGUAACCGCGGUACGUCCGUCAGAUACCUCGCAGACCCAUGCGACCGGCCCCGACUCCGUCUCCUUCGACGAUGUCGCAGUCGGUCCAUCUUGA